AUGCAGCACGUAGUUCCAUAUGAGCAUAAGAAAAGUGGCUCUCGCUCUUAUAAUGGAAAUCCCACAGCAUACCAGGAGGAGUUGUAUAGUGGAACAAAAGGUCACAUGGAUAGUUAUGCUGCAUAUAGGGCACCUCAAGCGGCGAGGCCCAGAGCACAGAGAACUAAUGAAACGAAUGUGAGACUGUGGGACGAUGGACACCAACUGCAAUAUCCAACUCGAACAAGCACCAGUCAGAGGGUUAUAAGAGAGUCUUUUGAUCUUGGAUCGCAUCCGAAUUACCAACAAGAGAAAGAGGUCUCUCGUAAUUCAUACAUCAAGUUUGAUUCAGCCUAUUCUUCUAACUCUUCUCGCAAAUUCACGCAACAUCCAUAUCAACAGUAUCAACCUACCUCUUCAUUGUAUCUCAACCCUGCAACCAUCAGCGCGCCCUCCUUGGGAAAACUUUUGCCCGAGGGUAAUAUCUACUUGCCGUCGAAUUAUCAAGACAUGCAACCAACGCAACACAUUCAAUAUUCACAGCACACUCAUUACACUGGACCUUCCAACCAGCGAUACAGCCAUAACAACAAUAUACACCAUCUAUAUAAUGACCUACCUCCACAAAUUUCUGUGCAAUCAGCACAAAAUUAUGAAAGCCAUACGCAGCCAGUAAAUUCGAGGCCUAAUCCUGGUCAGCCUUUUGCCCAAUAUCAAAUUUCCCAGAGAACAAUGUCCACGAACGGCGCAACAGUUUCCAAUCUAAUAAUUCCAACAUAUGCUGACGAACAUGUGAAUUCUCGAAGGUCAACGGAUAGUGUUCGCGAAAGGUCCAAGACUUCUUUGAGACAUGAGCGCAUGCGUUCGUUUUCAUUCUCAUUCUCAGAAGCAUCGUCGCCUGUGAACUCGGAUAUAAGCACCCCAUCAUCCCCGUCUUCAACAGUCGGGAAGCAACCUUCCCCUAUCGUGUAUCCUGCCUUGCUUUCAUUAGUCGCUGAGGCAUUUCGCGCCAGGGUAACUCGUUCGAACAGAAUGAAAGAUGAUCUUGAAUAUAAAGAUAGUUUUGACGGAAGAGAGGCAGUGGAUAAAAUUGCAUUUAUCAUUAAAACGACGGACAGGAAUCUAGCCUUAUUACUGGGAAGAGCUUUAGACUCUCAGAAGUUUUUCCACGAUGUAACAUACGAUCAUCGACUCCGUGAUUCGCCGAAUGAAUUGUACCAAUUUCAAAAAAUGCCAUCACUUCUGUCCUAUUCAGAUAAUUAUAAUAAUGAAGGAGAGUCGGUGGACGAAUUCCUGGAAGAGCCAGACUUGCCGCAUGGAGUUUUUACAUUGUUGACCGAUUGCUACUCACCUACUUGCAGCAGGGACAACUUAUGCUAUAGCAUAGCAUGUCCUAGAAGGUUGGAACAAGAUCAAAAAUUGUGGAUACACACGGUUCCUCCUGAGGUUGCGGAAUCUGUUUCAGAAACCGAAAAGAAACGCCAAGAGGCCAUAAAUGAAGUCAUCUAUACAGAACAAGACUUUGUUCAAGAUUUGGAAUAUCUCAGAGAUUGCUGGAUGACGCCUCUUUUAAGUCAAAAUAUUAUUCCCGAAUUUCGGCGUGAAGCAUUCGUCAAUCGUGUGUUCGGUAACAUCAUGGAGAUACAUGGCGUAAAUUCUAAACUGGCAUAUGCACUCCAGGAGCGACAAAAUUCCUACGCUAUUGUUGAACAAAUAGGUGACAUUUUUCUGGAAUACGUCCCAAUGUUUAGUCCUUUCAUUGAAUAUGGCGCUCAUCAACUAUGGGGGAAAUACGAGUUUGAAAAAGAAAAGAAUUCGAAUCAAGCGUUCUCGAAAUUCGUUGAUGAAACGGAGCGUCGUCCUGAAUCCAGAAAGUUGGAGUUGAACGGCUAUCUUACGAAGCCGACAACACGCCUCGGUCGAUAUCCUUUAUUACUCGAGGCUGUCCUCAAGCAAACGCCUCAAGAUCAUCCUGACCGAAGGAAUUUACCGACUGUCGUUAAACUAAUAAAAGAAUUUUUAGCGAGCGUUAAUCAAGAAUCUGGAAAAUCAGAAAAUCGAUUCAACUUGCAACAAUUGAACGACCAGUUGAUUCCUAAAGGAAAUGAAAUCAUGGAUCUUAGACUGACGGAGGAGGGGCGUCGACUUAUCUUCAAGGGAUCGUUAAAGAAACGUUCCAAACGUUCCGGAACUGGAGAAUCAUCCGACAUACAUGUAUUCCUAUUCGAUCAUGCAUUGCUAAUGGUCAAAGCUAAAACCAACAACAAAAUUGAGCAAUACAAAAUUCGUCGAAAGUCUGAUUUCGUGUAUGCUUCACUACAGCCAAUUCCCCUAGAAUUAUUGGGUGUUUCAACGACGGAAGGGCCCACCGAAGGAACCCGUGUGAACACAAAGCGUCCUCACUCGAUGUUACAUGGACCGUCAGCGGUCCGUGGAAAUAAUGAAAGACAGUUUGCGAUUACCUUUACAUGCCUCGGGAAGAAAGGCUUCUCGGUGACAUUAUACGCCUCGACUUUCAUCAGUCGCAAAAAAUGGAUCGAACAUAUUGAAAAGCAAAAAGAAAUACUUAAGGAAAAAGGAAGGGUAUUUGAGAAAACCCUUUUGUUGGAGAAAAAUAAAUUUUCUGGCACAAAUAAGGUUAUCUGUGCUGCUUUCUUUGGUAGGACUGAUUAUUUUGUGACCAUCUUAUCCGCUGUAAUCACGAAAGCAUAUUUAUUGAUCCUUUCUUUAGACAAUUAUCGAAAGCUGGCGUUCGGAACGGACACGGGUGUAUAUGUUCUCGAGGUUGAGCAGACUCACAAAUCUGCUACUCGAGUAUUGCAAACAGAGCGGGUCUCUCAGAUCGAGAUCUUGGAAGAUUUUCGGUUAUUAUUAAUACUGGCCGAUAAGUGUCUUUACACGUGUCCAAUCGACACACUGGAUCCCGAUAAUGACAAUACCGCAAGUAAACGUCCAAAGAAGAUUAGUUCACAUGCUAGCUUCUUCAAGUCUGGAACUUGCCUUGGAAAAACUUUGGUAACAGUCGUGAAAAGUAGCGCACUCAACUCUACCAUAAAGACUCUGGAACCACUUGAACAGAACGCCAAGAAUAAACAUAAAGGAACAACGCUCAAAGGAUUGUUACGUGGCGGAAGUGAAUCUUUAAAGACAUACAAAGUACCGUGA